AUGGAAAUCGUUUUACUGUGGUCGGUGAAACCAUUGCUUGAAAUGGACAGUUUCGCGUACUAUCGUACUCCAAUCAUCCUUUCCAACAGUUCAGAGAAUGGAGGACUCUCUACUGGCAGAAGGCCCUUCACAAUGGGCUACUAUGCAUGCAUUUUACAUAGCAUAAUAGCAAUUUUCUUCUUAACGGAGGCUUUGUAUGUGUUCCCUUUCGCAACAAAAGUUAAAGUGGAAAUUACAUUUUUGGAUGUAUCAAUACCAGGCUAUCCCACGCAUAGGUGUUGUCAUUAUCACUGGAUGGAUUGGCCUGAUCGAGGAGUUCCACCUGCGGACAUUGCACCUCUUUAUCUACUACAUAACUUCGAAACCACUAAGGCCCCAAUUAUUAUUCAUUGUUCGGCGGGAAUAGGAAGGACGGGUUCUAUUGUAUUACUACAACAUGCAAUGGAAAUUUUACAAAAUGGAGGGAUUUUAGAAGAAAUGCCUGUUUACUUGAAGCAGCUCAGAACUCAACGCAAUAAUAGCAUACAAACGGAUCAACAGUACUUAUACGUACACCAAGUGUUACUCACUUACUUUCGUCAGAAUGGUUUCAUUCCUGAUUGCUUAAAAUUGCUUAUGGAUGCUUUUACAUCAGAAUACAACUCAGCAACAAGCGGAUUUUAA